UUUUCACAAGGGAACCAAAAGUGAAAGUAACUAUCUCAGCAGAUCGGGGGUUUUCCUGACAAAGCCUCGACACGUCGCAUAUAAAUAGUUUAAUUUAUUAAUGUUCUUUAGUGUAUUGUGUUUUUUCUACUGUAUCUGUUUAUACUGAACUUGUAAUCUGGAUUUUGAGUCACAUUCACUAAAGAUGGCAGAGAGACCUUCAUCACCUACAGAGAUGUCAGCGAGCUGCUCCAGUCCAGAUGAUCCAGUGAUCCGGAUUCUUCUGAUGGGCAGAAAUGGUUCUGGGAAAAGCUCAUCUGGAAAUACUAUACUUGGAGAAAUGAGAUUUAAAGAGCACAAGUCUGAAGUGUGUGAGGGUGAAACACAGAUCGGAGAGAAGCAGGUGCAUGUGAUUAUUUCUCCAGAUCUACUGGAUCCAGAUCUGAAUAAAGAGAAGCUGGAGAUGAUGAAAGAGCAGCUGGUCUCUGGAUGUUCAGCAGGUCUCAGUUCAGUUCUGCUCACCGUUCCUCUAGAGGAACCUGUGGGAAAUGAGGAAGAGAUCCUGGAUUUCAUGAAGUGUUUAUUUGGUCCUGAAGUUCAGAAGUACAUCAUGAUUCUGUUCACACAUGGAGAUGAGCUGGAGGAUCUGGAACAGACCACUGAUGAACAUCUAAAACAGAAAGAUCGAGCUGAUCUCCAGCGACUGUUGACUGAAUGUGGAGGAAGAUUUUACUGUUUCAAUAUCAAGAGUAAAUCAGAUGGUCAGAUACAAGGACUACUGCAGAAGAUUGAAGGAGUGAUGAUGGAGAAUGGAGGGAAAUUUAUCAUGGAACGAAUGAAGAGGAGCAACAGCAAAGUCAAUAUUGUCAAUUUUUCAGGAGAGUCUCCAGCAGAAGAUCCAGAUUCAUCAGGUUCCUCUGAGAGGAAAGAUCAGGGGUCUCAUGUAUAAAACUUUCCAUAUAGAUUUCAUCUUAAAAGUGCGAAACUCCAGAACCUCCAUGAAAUUCCCUUUAUAAAGCGUACAUGAAUCUCCUCCCAGAAAUCACCAUAUGUGGAGCUUACAAUGCCUAGUUUUCCUAUGCAUUACCUCAUCUGCAUAUCUUUCCAUGCAUAUUCCCAUCCACAUGACACCAUGUUUAAUGGUGCAAGAUAAGGAAAAUAUGACUAUAAUUGUCAUUUGCGCCAUCACAUUAUAUUGAAAUCAUUCACUCUCCUUGUCUUGUUUUAGAAAAAAAUAAACCAAACUUGUACUGUUCAGAGAAAGUUUUCAGAGAAGAUUUCUCAUUCUUUUCCACUGGACAAAUAGUAUUUUUAAUUGUUUUAAACAAAUCAAAUUUAUGCAAUUUUGCCUAUAAUGUAAACAUAUUUUUUAGGGUGUUUAUAUGUUUUAAUAGGAACACAUAGGCCUUAUUUUUGCAUUGUAAAUAAUUGUCUGACAAUCACUGGCAAAACAUUUAAAAAAAUAAAAUAUA